AUGAUUCGAAGCGAAAGGAAGAAGAAGAACAAGAAGAACAAGAACGAGGACGACGACUGUUUGAAACUCGCGUUCGUUCUCUCCUCGGCGUCGUUUCAAGAGGCACCGUUUGAUUCUUCUUUGUCUUCUUCUUCUUUUUUUCUCAGUCAACGAAGAAGAAGAGGAGGACGAGAAAACGAAAAACCGUUACUCACGUUUUCUUCUUCCUUUUCGUCGUCGUCGUCGUCGUUUAACUGGAAAGAGAUUCGAAAGAAAGCGAGAGAACGGACCGGCAAAGAUUCGGAGUGCGCGAUUUGCCGAGAAGAGUUUGCGACGACGAUUCAGACGAGCGCGACGACGACGAUGGAUGCUGAUCAAAAUCGAGGACAAGUGUUGACGUCCUGUGCGCACUGUUUCCACGCGCAGUGCUUGAAGUCUUUCGAGACGUUCGUGGAAUCGAUAUCUGAACGACGAAGAUGUCCGUGUUGUCGUGCGGUCGGGUACAGAAAGAUUCGGAUAAGUGACGCGAGAGACGAGUGCAUUCGACACGCGGCGUUGACGAUACAGAAAAUGUGGAGAGGACGUCUCGUUCGAAACAAACUCGGACCGAUGAACGAGAACGCGCGAAUGACCUGGAUGGCGAAUAAGCUCCGCGCGUUACGAAAGCGAGUCGAGAGAAGCGCCGAAAAGAGGAGAGAGACGAGGAAACAACAACUCGCCGAAGAAGAAGAAGAAGAAGACAUCGACAAAUCUUCUUCUUCCGACGAGGAUUCCAACGAUACGAACACCGACUGGAACGUCGUCAUCGCCAAAUCGCUCUCCCUGGAAAUCGACGAGUGUUCUAUUUGCGCGCUUCGCUUCGCCGCCUCGAAGACAAACGCUGUCAUUUCCUCGCAAAGAACCGACGAUUCUACUCCUUCUUCUCCUCCUCCUCCUCCAAAGACGACGAAAGUCGCGUACCUCAGUUGUUCGCACCGGUUCCACAGAAACUGCCUGCGAACGUUCGAGAGGCAUUUGAAAUCUAUCGGCAGAGAGAUAUUUUGUCCCUGCUGUCGCCGAGCGAACUAUUCCCGAAAAUGUUUGUAA